GCGACUCGCGAGGGGGCUGCUUGUUGUUUUGGUGUGCGGUCCUGCUCUUCUACGCCUUCCCUUUUCAACUAUUUCACCGUUGAAGAACCGUCGCUGCGUCACCACACGACAAAGUGACAAGAAAGAAUAGAAAGCGACUCGAGUCCAAAAGUAGACUGAAUCCAAAGCUCAGCGUGACCGAUGGCUGCAUUGCGCUGCUCCAGUUCACCCCAGCAGCCUUCUUCCGCUCCGCGCCGGUUCGGGAUGGACUUCAGCGGGUGCUACGAGGACUCCGUGUCCGUCGUGGCCGCCGCGGCCCGCCGCGGCUGCAGGAGGCAACUGAGGCGGCUCAUCCGCCAGGGCCGCAGCGUCCACCGCGCGGACAACCGGGGCUGGAGGGCCCUCCACGAGGCGGCCGCCGCCGGCAGGGUGGGCUGCCUCAAGGAGAUCCUGUCUGCGGCCGCCAUGUCGGCCGGCUCGUCGGCGACCUUCCAGGCGUACGUCAACUCGAGCACCCACGAGGGCGAGUCGGCCUGCUACCUGGCGGCCGGACGCGGCCACCUGAACGCCGUCCGCCUCCUCCUCCGAGCCAGCGCCAACAUCGACCAGCUCACCAACGACCGCUCCUGCCCGCUCUACGCAGCGGUUAGCGACGGCCACAAGGACGUGGUGCGGCUCCUGCUGGCCAAGGGCGCCGAGGUCAACGGGUCGCACACGGCUUCCUGCUGGACCUGCCUUCAUCAAGCUGUCUAUCAGGAUCACGUGGACAUCGUGCGCAUCCUGGUGAGGUCGGCCGACCUGGAGGCGCGCGACGACUACAAGAUCACGCCGCUCUUCCUGGCGGCGCAGUACGGACAGCGGGAAUGUCUGGAGGUCCUGGUGGGCGCCGGCGCCAACGUGAACACGCAGGCCUCCGACCUGGCCUCGCCGCUCCUUCUGGCGUCCCAGGAGGGUCACCUGGCUUGCGUGGACUUCCUGUUGGAGCACGGCGCCGACGCCAACCUGCCGUGCAGCCGCGACUGGCCACAGCUUCCCAUCCACGCCGCCGCACAGUUCGGCCAUCUCGGUGUCCUCCGGAGGCUGGUCGCCGUCACGGAUCGUGCGUGCGACCGCGGCGAGGACGCGGUGAGCCCGCUCUACCUGGCCGUGCACGGCUGCCGAGUGGCGAGCGUGGAGCUGCUUUUGGACGAAGGCUUCGGUCCCGACGGCCAGGACUGCGCCGCCUUCCUCUGCCUGCACUCGCCGCUCUCCCUCGCCUUGGAACGCGGGUACAGCGAGGCGGCGGGGAUGCUGCUGGCGGCGGGAGCUGCUGUGCGCGAAAAGGAGUGGGCACCCGUGUUCGCCCGGGACGACGCAGACAUGCUGAAGCUGCUCCUGGACCACAGGUGGCUGUACCCCCCGCGGCUCUCGAGCGACGAGGCGGGCCGCCGGAGCAAGACGGCGUUGAAGAUGGCGGAGUUCGGCGACAUGUUGAUGGUGGCGUUGGACCACCUGAAGUUCGCCGCCAGCUGGCUUCCGCUUCUCCUCAAGGCGGGACUUGAACCCGAGUUGCUGCUGCACUCCAGCGUGUGCGUGCCGCUCCCUCGUCGCACGUUCGGCUUCCUGCCGUUCGUAGAAAAUGGCCGGUCGUUAUGUUUAACUCUUCACGUUCCAGUUUGUUUGGGUUGCACAAAUGCGCAGUUCGUAAACGGGCCUCAAACAUGUUAUACGACCCCAAUUCCAAUGAAGUUGGGACGUUGUGUUAAACAUAAAUUAAAAACGGAAUACAAUGAUUUGCACAUCAUGUUUGACCUAUAUUUAAUUGAAUACACUACAAAGAGAAGAUAUUCAAUGUUCAAACUGAUAAACUUGAUUGUUUUAACAAAUAAUCAUGAACUUGGAAUUUGAUUACUGCAACACGUUCCAAAAAAGAUGGGACAGCCAGGUGGCAAAAAAGACUGAGAAAGUUGAGGAAUGCUCAUCAAACACCUGCUUGGAACGUCCCACAGGUGAACAGGCCAAUUGGGAACAGGUGGGUGCCGUGAUUGGCUAGAAAAGUGGACAAUGUUCCUCAAGGUACAAUUGCGAGGAAUUUAGGGAUUUCAUCAUCUACGGUCCAUAUCAUCAUCAAAAGGUUCAGAGAAUCUGGAGAAAUCACUCCAUGUACGCAGCAAGGCCCAAAACCAACAUGGAAUGACCGUGACCUUCGAUCCCUCAGGCGGCACUGCAGCAAAAACCGACAAAAAAACGACCAAUGAAAUUGUUUUUACUAGCUGUCCGCGACCCACCCAAAAUGGGGCCGCGUCCCACUUUUGUGUCCCGACCCACCAGUUGAGGAUCACUGCUGCAAUGUGAAUUUAGAAAUUUUUUUUUUUUUUUUUCCCCCAAUAGACGUUUUAAGAUAAUUGCUGAAAACAUGCAAAGACUAAGAACUCUGGGGUAGGGAAUUUUGGAGCAAUAGUAUUAAGCUGUUUUUCACCACUUUCAUCAGUUUUCCUGUUUUGGGCGGGGGUCAAGGUACAAGGUUCGCAUCAGUGACUGUCCAGCGCAAUUGCAAAUUAGUUGUUACUAGGCCAUUGAAAUUUGGCAGGGUUGUCAACGACACUUUUGCUGUGCUUUGUCAAAUUCACCCAAAAAAUUAUUUUCACAAUACAGGGAAUUUAACUUGUUAUUUUCCUCCAUGAUCAGCGGUGUAUCUCCACAAUACUUUUUAUUUUUCCAUUUGUAAGUCACGCCCCAUAAUGUUGACUAAACGUGGACAGUGCUCCAUCCUCUUAUCUGUUUUACUUGAGCAGGAAUCUUCCGAUCGCCUCAACCACAAACAUACUCUACUGUCUAGUCGCUCAUUAGUCAGUUUGAAGCAAGUGUGACAAGUUUUGUAAAAAUAUCGUGGAAUGAAGCUACGAUCGCGUACGUUGUCCAUCAUCUUGUUUCUACUUCCAGACUGGAGCAGGCCGACGGCGAGCUCGUUAACUUUCUCCUCCAGUUCGACAACUGGUCGACGAUGGCACCCUAUCUGAGAGCCAUUCU